AUGACGCUGCUCCCCGCGGCACGAAACGCCCCUCCGAGGGCGCGCACACCGCCCCGGAACUCCGUCACUGCCGCGGCCGGGCUCGCCGCGGCGGAGGGAAGGAAGGCGCCUGACGCGGUGGGAGCGCGCCGGCGGGCCCGUGCGCGCAUGGCCGUGCCGCGGGAGCCGCCCGCCGCCCCGUUGCUAAACCAUUGUAUAAGGAUUGCAUAUUUAAUUGUGUAUCGUAACUGCGCAAGUAAAUCAGAUUUAAAAGCAAAGCAAAGUCAAUCACUGAAGUGUAAAGAAAGAGUUACCUUCUCUGUUCAGGGCGUAAUUAAUAAAGUGGCCCCUAGUCACAUUGGCUGCCUGAUACAUGGAUGCUUCAAUGCAUCUAUCCCUAAGCCUGAGCAAAUGUCUGCUGUACAGUGGCAAGAGCUGGGGUUAAAAAUAGGGGACGAACUGAAAUUUCAAGUAUUGCACUUGGAUUCUGAUACAGCUGGGGUGUUCUUCAUUCGAGGAGGACUCACUAAAAGCAGUUUGCGUCCUAAAAAAUCUCAUGCAGUCACUGAAAGUACAAAUGAGGACGAAAUUCAAAAGCUUGACCACCAGGAAAAUGGCCUGAAUAACUGUGGGGAAGGUAAUGUCACAGAAGAGCCUUUAAAUGAGACAAGUAACCUUGGGAGGGAAAAUGAAGAAGAGCCAAGUGUUGAUGCUGUGAAUGGAUUAUGUGAUGACAAAAAGAAGAAGAAGAAAAAGAAAAAGGACAAGGAAAAGCAAGGAGAACAGGAGCUUGUAUUGCCUACCAGUGACUCCAGUGGUUACCAAAGUGACCAUAAAAAGUCAAAGAAAAAGAAAAGAAAGCAUUGUGAUGAAGUUGAAGAAAAUGAAUUAUCUCAGCUGUCAGAAAAACCCAAAGCAAAAAAGAAAAGGACUAACGUCUGAAGUGUCUUCCCUGCAUUACAUUUCAGACAUUUUUGAUAAGUUUCAAUAAAACCCUGUUUUGAAAA